GUGAGUCUUGAAAGCGGUACGGAACAGUCAGACGUGGAAUCGAUCGGGUCGCGCACUCACAUCUGCGAGACAGAGCUAGGAUCAGACGAAGAUGAAGAAGAUAUGUACUAUUCAGAUCCAGAAGGACCGUAUAUAGAUGAACCUAUUGCAGACGAGGAAUGGCUAAACAGAAUACAACCGAGAACUAGAAGAAAUUUAGAGGAGAAACCAGGAGUUACAAAACCACUUUGCCAGGAUUGUCGAACCCGAGACUUGGUAAGUGUUCGCUCUAUUUCUCACCUUUUAAUUAUUAGCCUGAAAAAUCUUAUCGUACUAAGAUCAUACCUUGCUGAUAAAAGGAGAGGAUAAAAGUCGUAUUCUUCAACUUAAAUACUACGUUCCUUCUUUUUAAUUUCAAAGGUGCCCAUGUGGCAAUUGUGCUCUUGAUCGGCUGCAAAAUCCAUAAUCAUGGCUGUGUUCUAAGACAAAUUGAAGGGAGCCCAGUGCCCUGAACCUGUGAAAUCAAGGAUGCCUAGCAUAAUAUUAUAAUCUCUAAGAUUUUCUUGUCGCCGUAGAGCAGAAGUUAUGUGCUAGGGGUCACCAUGUGCUGUUAGAACACAGCCCUAUCUGAGGCUAGCUGAGCCUUCUGCCCCUCUCAAGUCACUUUUUUCUUUGGGAAAAUCUUUUAGUUUUUUGGACAUCUAGGGAUUUUUAUUGUUAUUAAUAUUACUGUUAUAAUCAAGAAAAUGAUAAAUAUAGCCAUUAAAGCAACAUACAUCUUUUGUUGUAGAAAUAGGAACUGGGAUAGCCCAGACUUAAUGCAAUUUUGAUUUCUUUUUUUUUUUGGCUUUUGUUUUGUUUUGUUUUUUGUUUUUUUCUUUUUAAUAAUCCAAUCUCAAGCAGCAUUUGUAAAUUGCCUAUACGUAGCGAGAUUUACAAUUAUACAUUCAAAAAAACAAAUAAAGUUCCCAUUAUUAUUAUUAUUAUUAUUACUGUUAUUGUUACAUAUUAUUAUCAUUUUAUCAGCAAUCAAGGUGGACUAAAUAUAUUUUUCCUAUUUUGCUUGCAGUAUCUGUUGUUUUUGCCCAAGAGGCAGCUGUAGCUACAGCACAGUCAUCAAGUGGAGGAAGAACAAGGAAUUGCACUGUUUGCAAAAGACCCAUGA